UCCAUGUGCAUGAAACUGACGGGGGAAACAACGAAGUCCUGUCCCAAUGUGAGAAUCGCUUGCUUACCCUAGUGAUACGAAUAGAUUGUUUUCAAAUCAAUGAACCAUGGCCGAUUGCACUACAUUAGAAAGCCUGUUGGAGAUGGGGUUUGGACGAAACAGAGCAGAAAGGGCUGUGGCAAACACGGGAAAUCAGGGCAUAGAACGGGCAAUGGACUGGUUGAUGGAACAUGAAAAUGACCCCGACAUUGAUGAGCCAUACGUCCCCCCUGUUGGAAAUGUUUUGGGCGGUGAGACUGAACCACAGAGCGCGGCUGAGCCAGGCUUACCAUCCUCAGAAUCUACAGGGGAUGGCAUGGAAGACGACAACAUGAUUGAAGAUGGUGCUGGCGGAAAACGACCAAUGACAGAAGAGGAGAGGAAUCAGCAAGUGAAAAGGCUGGAGGAGCUGAUGCGUGUGAAACAGGAAGAGCGUCGGGAGAGGGAGCGCAAGGACGAGGUGGAGCGCGAGAAGCAGCGGAGGAAGCAGGGCCAGGAGCUGCUGCAGGUCAAGCAGAAGCUGGCCGAGGACGAGAUGAAGAAGCUGGCAGACGACCGCCGCCGGGAGAAGAUGGAGGACCGGCUAGCCAAGCAACGCGUUCGUGACAAGAUUGCUCGGGAUCGAGAGGAGAGAGCAAUGAAGUUUGGUGGUGGCUCCUCAGGUGCUGCUACCUCACCCCCACCUGAAGCAACCUCACCACCCCCCUCAGACAACCAGGGACCCCCUCCAGCCAAGAAGGACUACGAUGAGUGUAGGAUACAGGUACGCCUUAUCGACGGCUCAGCGCUGCAGGCCACGUUUAAGGCCCAGGAGCCGCUGGCAGCCGUGCGGGUCUACGUGCAGAUGAACGGGGGCAGCGAUCAGGACUUCACCCUGCUGUCGCCGUACCCACGCCGCGUCUACACCGAGCUAGACAUGGAGAAGCCGCUCCGGGAGCUAGGUUUGGUGCCUACCGCUGUCCUUGUGGUCUCCAAGAAGUAAAAGACGUUCCAGAAAUAUAAGAAGAAAAGCAACAUGCAGCUCCUCAAAAAAAGACUCCUCUCUCUCGACUUACCACUGACAUGGAGAGGAUAUCCAACUUGCCGAUGGACUCUUCCCCACCCCCCCUCAGUUUAUCUUUUUUUUUAUUUAAACACAGGAGGAGUUGUCUAAACAAACAAACACACACAGAGACCGCCUUAAGACAUUUCAGUUCAGGCAUAGUUUUAAGUUGCAUCACAGUUAACAAGGUCAAUGAUCAUAUCCGUUUUCCCUAAGAAAGACGAAGGAUGUAUGAAGGUGGUGUGUUAUUGUUCAGGCACUGCUGUGAAUAAUGAGUCUUACCUCUCUGCUGCUUUAUCCCCUCUUCACUAUCCUUUCAUUGAAAAUAAUAAAUCGACAAUAUUUUAA